UAAAAGGAAUAAAAGGCAGCGCUUCUUUCCCCGCCUCGUUACAUCCUGGCAAGCUUCAGCGCGGCGCCGUUCCGGCCAUGUUGGACUUCGAGUCCCAUCAUCCCCAGCCAGCAGCGCUCGUUGCGGCGGGAACAGCGCCGAGUUGAGGAACGAUACCAAUGAAAAUAAGGGUUUUCCAACACUCUCCUUCCCCCCACCACCCCUUUUUGGGCUUUUAUUUGCAAAAAGUUCGCUUCCGACCAUCUGUCCUGCGUAGCGAAGGAAAGGGAAUACUGUAAACCGCCCUGGGUUCUUCAGAGCAGUAGGCUUAGCAAAGUCAAGGCCUCAGAGGCAGAGAGUUGUAGGUGGUGUGGUGUGAGGAAGGCCGUUGUUUUCCCCGGCGAUCCUUCUUCUCCCGUACUGGGUUUGGGGUCUGUGAUUAACACCUCUUCUCAUAUUUUCACUCCUCGUUCAUCUGAAUCUAUUCCAGCCUUUUGUAUGCAGAGAAAAUCAUUAGGUACAUCAAUAUUACUGGCAUCAGUGAAACUCUUGCUCCUUUCCUAAAGAAAUUAAGUACCUUCUGCCUGUCAAAAAGCUAAGUUUUAACUGACUGACAUUUCGAGAUACUUGGUGAGAAUGCCAUUGUUGAUUGGAAGAGCUUCAUGAUGACGGAAGUUACCUGAUGGGUCUAAUAAAGCUGAUCCUGGAAGGAAGAAGAGUGAGCUAGAUGAGAGUGUCUUGCCUAAGGCCAGCUAGUGAAUUCAUGGUGGAGACCUCUGAAAGCAUCACUGAGAACAUCCUUUUCUCCUUGGGAAAAAUCUGAAGACUGUUAUGGCUAUGAAAUACUUGAAAUCAUUUGUUUAUGGUUUGACUGUUGUUUCUGUUAUAUUAAUGGCAUGGUAUGUGGCUUUUCCUUCUCACACUGUAAUGGAACACAUAGACUGGUUGUAUUUCUAUAAACAUGAACCUGUCUACAAACAGACUUUUCUAUUCACAUUGCGUGAGCGAUUAAAAUGUAAAGACAAUCCAUUUCUGGUUAUCUUGGUUUCUUCAAGGCCUUCAAAUGUGAAGGCAAGACAAGCCAUUAGGAUAACAUGGGGCUCUCAGAGAUCCUGGUGGGGAAAGCAAGUUCUGACACUGUUUUUAUUGGGCAAAGGAACAGAGAAGGAGGAUGCUAGAGCUUUAUCAGUAGAAGAUGAAAGUAUUCUUUAUGGAGACAUCAUACAACAAGACUUUCUUGACACUUACAGGAAUCUCACCUUAAAAACUAUCAUGGCAUUCAGAUGGGUUACUGAAUUUUGUUCCAGUGCUCAGUAUGUUAUGAAGACAGAUGACGAUGUGUUCAUCAACACAGGCAACUUAGUGAAGUUUCUUCUAAAUACAAAUGCUUCAGAAAAUUUUAUGACCGGCUAUCCUUUAAUAGAAAACUACCCAUAUAGAGGAUUUUAUUGGAAAAGCUAUAUUUCUUAUGAUGAAUAUCCAUUUAAGGUGUAUCCUCCAUACUGGAGUGGACUUGGUUAUGUUCUUGAUGUCAGACUGGCUCGUAGGGUUUAUAAGAUGAUGAGUCAUGUGAAACCUUUUAAAUUUGAAGAUGUCUAUGUUGGGAUUUGUUUAGGAAUACUUGGUGUGAAGUUGUUUGUUCCAGAUGAUGUAGAACUCUUCUUUCUGUACAGAAUUAGAUUUGACAUCUGUAAAUACAAGCACUUGAUUGCAGCACAUGCGAUAUCUCCACAAGAAAUUAUUAUUUUCUGGCAGACAGUAACAAGGGAGAGCACUUCACUUCCUUGCCACUGACUCUCUUUGACUUGCUUGAAGACUGACACCUUUCCUUUAGAUCAGGGGUAAGAAUGCCUGGCAUUCUUACAGCCCCUAUAAUUUAUUCCGUAAUGGUCUAUGUGGACAUUUUUGAAGUUAAGAAAUUGUUUUGAGGAAAGGCAGCUAAUGCGCUUGUGGUGAAAUGCCAGCACAUGACGUCACUCCUGUCUGUCCAUCAUAAAAGCUCCAAAGGGAGGAGCCAAUGAUAGGACAGGAGGGGCGGGGUCAAAAGGGACAAUGGAGUGAAAAAUGACAGUUAGGAGGUGGAGGGAGGCAGAAGAUAGUGAUUUGGGGAGGGAGAAUUAGGAGAGAAUGAUAAGAAGGUUAAUACAUAGAUUGAACAGUUGGAAUGAUAAAGAGAAUAGAGAAAGAGUUAUAAGUAAUAGAGAAUUGAUAAUUAGUAAAAGUAUAUUGUUCUGAAUAAAAGUACCAUCAAAUCCUAUUUAAUGAACUAUACUGAACAUCUGUGAUUUAUCCAUUGUGAUCUACCUGACAAUAAAAGAACCUCUGUAAUUUAAACCUCUGAUUCUCAAACUCAAAAGUUUGAUAAACCUGUUAUACUUGGCAGCACACGUGUCUGAAAUACAUAAUCGGUGUUGGGUGAAUAAUACCUGGUGGCUGUAUGUAAAGUGGAAACUC